AUGGGCCUCCAGCACCGUCUAAUAUUUGCAUCAAUUCUAUUUACCUCAUUUCUCGUACCAAAGGCCCUUGCGCGUGACCUUUCCUCACCCAGCUUAUCCGAGUAUCCUCGCUGUGCAGCAAAAUGCAUGAUCACCGCCCUUCAAGGGGGCUUUUGUGCCCCUAGCAACCAGACGUGUAUUUGUGUAGACCACGAGUUUCAGCAAAAUGUCACGAGCUGCGUGUCCGCGACCUGUACCAUACCUGAAGCAUUAAAGGCCAAGAACUCCAGCUUAGCAGAUUGCGGUGCUCCAAUACGCGACCGCUCGCAACAGUUUGUCACUCUCUCCACUGCUCUCACUGUAGCAGCAGGCGUCUUUGUUGCAAUUCGGUUCGGUUAUAAGCUGUCGGUCUCAACUAUCAACAUCGAUGUCGAUGACUGGCUGGUCCUGGCGGCAAUCCUCUCCUUCAUUCCUGCUGCCGUAAUCACUGUCCAUGGUACAACGGCCAAUGGGUUCGGUCGAGACAUCUGGACUCUUAGUCCUCAGCAUAUUACCACAAUCACACGCCUCUGCUACAUCCUAGGAACAUUAUACUUCCUGCAGACUGUGUUAGUGAAGCUGGCCAUUAUCGGAUUCUACAUACGCAUAUUCCCUAUGCGGGAAACCCAGCGUCUGCUCUGGGGCACCUUCAUUUUCACCUCCUUGUGGGGCGUUGCAUUUGUCAUUGUAGGCAUCUUUCCCUGCACGCCCAUCUCAUAUUUCUGGGACCAAUGGGAUGGACUGCAUAAAGGCAAAUGCAAUGACAUCAAUGCUAUUUUAUGGUCGCACGCCAGUUUCAGCGUCGCCCUAGACCUAUGGAUGCUAGCCGUGCCGCUGUGGCAGCUGCGAAGUCUCCAGCUCCAUUGGAAAAAGAAGGUCGGCGUGGCCUUCAUGUUCAGUGUUGGUACCUUCGUAACCGUCGUGAGCGUUAUCCGUUUCAAAUCUUUGGUACAUUUCGGCAAGUCGAUAAACAAGACAUGGGAGCUAUAUAAUGUGUCUGUCUGGUCCACCAUUGAGAUCACUGUGGGCAUUAUGUGCGCCUGUCUCCCAGCGAUGCGCGCAGUGCUCGUCAAGAUCUUCCCCAUAUUGUCCGCUUCAUCGACGCAAAGUAGCAGAGGCAAUCAAUACUACGAGCGACAUAACAGUCUUCCACCCAUGGCUGGUAGAAUGGGGGCCCAGGCUGUGGCAACUGCCAGCGCCAAUCGACUGCAUUCUGACGAGGAGCACUACGUGGAGACACCUGGGAUUAUCUUUCACAAGACCUAUGGUGUGCGAUACAGCGAGAGUGAUGAAGCGAGGCUCAUGCCAGAGAAGUCUGGAAACUCAUUUGGUCAGAGAAAGCAGUGA